CAAAAAGAUUUUGGGGCAUUGGUGGGAUUGUGGAACGAAAUAGCAGCAGCAGCAGCAGCAGCAGCUCGACGACAACAACGCAACUUUGCGCCUGACACAAAUACCCAAUUGAGCAACAGGGAACCAAAAACAUCCAAACCGGGGCUGGGCCGCAACACCAAAAAUGGCGUCUGAAGUCGCAGCCGCGGCCGCCAAUGUCGUGCGGCGGGCCGGCAAGGAAAUGCACGGCAUCGUGGUGUCCGCCGGGCUCAUGGACAAGACGGUGAAAGUCAAGCUGGGGGGUCUGCGAUGGGAGCCGCGGGUGCAGAAGUUCUUCAAAGAACCCCGAUUCAAGCUAGUCCACGACCCAGCCAACUCCGUCCGCCAAGGCGACGUAAUCGCCAUCCAGCCCAGCUGGCGCGUCUCCAAGCACGUCCGCCACGUAGUCAAGCACAUCAUCGCGCCCUACGGUCCCCCCAUCGAAGACCGGCCCUCAGUUCCGACCCUCGAAGAGCGCGUCGCCAAACGGGCCGACAAGCGCGCGGCGAAACUCGAGCGCCGGGCGCUGAGGCGCGAGGAGCAGGCGAGGGAGGCGGCCGAGGAGAGGGAGGCGGCGCUGGAGGAGAAGAGGAAAAGAUUGGAGGAGAAGGAGAGGGAGAGGGAGAGGCUAAAGGGGAUCGAGACGAGCUUGAGCGAUGUUGACUGAAAUAAAGGAAUUUAUUAUCCGUCGGAAAAAAGCAAGGGGUUUAUGAUCUAGGGCGACAAAGCCCGGGCUAGCUGGCCAGCUACGACGACCGAACUGCGGCGGCGACUGAGGAAGA